CGCUGAAGGGGAGAUCAGUCCCAGAUGUGACAAAAGAAAGUUUAGCUAUCUUGGUUUACAUGUACAGAUUCGAAACGUGUCGGGAGUUUGGGAAUCGGAUUGUCCUGUAGAAACAGUAAGAACGUAGUGUAAAACACAGUGAGUGAGUCUAGUUUUAUGCCGCACUCAAGCAUGGGUUACUGAAGAUCAAUUCUAAACCGGAUCUUCACGGGUUGUGAAGCACAGACCUUCAAUAAUAGUUCCUCUCUGUCAGUGUGUGUGCGUGUGUAUUUGUGUGCGUGUGCAUGAGCGUGCGUGUAUGUGUUUGUAUGUGUGCAUGAGCGUGCGUGCGUGCGUGUGUGUGUGUGUGUGUAUAACGCUAUACUAUUAAUCGUGUGUAUCAGUAGUGUAUAUAACAACAUAACAACCAUAAAUUGAAAGGGGCAUGAGCAGAAGGCGUAUUUUCUUUGUGGUUAUUUUUGUGUUCAUACAACCCAAGGUUGGAACGGGUAUACUGAAAUGGACCUUCAGACUUCAGAAGAAUAGUGGCGUGGUGUCGUUUGAAGAUGAGGACCUCCACGUCCACUGUGAUCUGUCCGAAGCUGAUGCUGCAUACGAUCACACUGGCAGAGUAGGGGUGGAGGAGAUUAGAGAGCGGACCGUAACAGCUGCCACACAGACUAGGGUCGGUCCCCGGACAUACCUAGCAGAUCCUGACACUCUGGAACCGGUCACAAAUGUCAGCCUUGGUGUUCCAGUCAAACUGGUGGUCAAGCUUCCAGAAGGGGAUGGCAUAGUCAAUCCGUUCUUUAAUCCUCGAAAUUGUCAAGCUGCAUCUCCAGAUGGAAAUGUCACUGUACAACUGACUGACGACUCAGGUUGUUCUGUGAGGAUAGGCAUUGGCUUUGGGACAAUGAAGAGUAUCUCUCGUGUGAUCCAGUCGAGGACAUUUCCCAUGUUUUAUCUGCCAGGCUACACAGAAGUGGUGUUCAGCUGUACCCUUGUACCCUCGUCUAGUUUCACAGCUGCUCCAGCGUAUUGUCCGUACAGAGGAUGAGGCAUUCGCAAAUGGACGCAUAGCAUGAUGGGUCAUUAUACAAGAUAAAGCCAGCGAGGCAUUCAUGGAAGCCAGCCAACAAUAUUUGAUUAACUACUGAUCUGACAUAACAGCUAAUACGAGCUCUGAAUUUAGCUGGCCCUCACAGAGUAACACAACCUGUUUAAUCAAAAUAAAUAAAAGUAUCACAG